ACACCCUCCUAAACCCACACUAACUAAAAUUAACUAACCCCAACCCCACACUACAAAUACUCCUCCAGCUGAGCUCUCUCUCUCCCAACUAACCAAACCAGCCAGCCAUGGCUCGCGCGCGCGACGCCGUCCUCCUCCUCGCGGCCAUCCUCCCGAGGCUCGCCGUGACGGCCCCGGCCACCGUCGUGCCGAGCGGCGCAGGCGCUGGCGCUGAGGACCCGCGGUGCCGGCCGAGCGCGCCGCGGCGAGGCGCGCUGGCCGUGUAUCCGACCGACAUGGAGCAGCUGCAGUUCCUGCUCAACGCCAAGUUCGUGGAGGCCGAGUGGUUCCUCCACUGCGCGCUCGGCCGCGGUGUUGACUUCCUCGACCGCAACCUCUCCGCCGGCGGCCCCCGGCCCGUGGGCGCCAGGAGGGCCGAUCUCGACUUCCGCACCACCGAGAUUGCCGCCGAGCUCGGCUACCAGGAGGUCGGCCACAUCAGGGCGAUUAGGCAGUCCGUGGGCGGGUUCCCGCGGCCGGCGAUUGACCUCAGCGACGACCGCUUCGCCAUGAUCAUGGACGAGGCCAUGGGCGCGCGCCUCGACCCGCCGUUCGACCCCUACGCCAGCACCGUCAACUUCCUCAUCGCCUCCUACAUCCUCCCGCACGUCACGGCCGCGGCCACCAUGGGCAUCAGCUCCACCCUCAUGGGCUACCUCUCCAAACGGCUCCAGGCGAGUAUCCUGGCAGUGGAGGCCGGCCAGGACGCGGUGAUCCGGCUGCUGCUCUACCAGCGCGCCGACGAGGCCGUCCCGCCGUACCAGGGGCACACCGUGGCGGACUUCACACGUCGGAUCUCCGACUGGCGCAACCGGAUGUCGGGGUGCGGCGCCAAGGAUGAAGGGGUCAAGGUCCUCGACCGGCAGCAGGGCGCCGAGCGGCGCACCAUCAGCAACAUCCUGGGCGCCGGCGAGGACUCUCUCGGGUUCCAUCGCACGCCGGCGGAGGUCCUCCGCAUCCUCUACGGCUCGCGCAACGAGCAGAUCCCCGGCGGGUUCCUGCCCAGGGGAGCAAACGGCACCAUUGCCAGAGGAUUCUUCCAGCUCGCGUAGAUGCAGCCACGCAGCACACAAAUCAGACCACAUCCUCAAAACAGAUUUCUUUCAGACAAGAACGUCGAUUCAUUUGACAUUGCCCGAAA